AAGGCAGCAGCAAGAGUCGUGGCGGUGAUAUACGAGAUAUACACCUAUCCAGAUCCAGAAGAAGAUGCAGACAAUGACGAAGAAUACAACACCGAUGCUCCGUACUACGAGCAAGGUGCCUUAUUUUCCAUUCUCGAGAGAUUGGCCAAUAUUUCCACAAAAAAGGUUUCUAAAAAGGAUAAAAAACAAGUCCAUUCUGUUUUCAGAAAUAUACUAAGCACUUUGCAAACAUACGUUGAUCCAGUGAAGAGAACUCAUGUAUACAAGAAAACAACCCAGGGGGUGGAAAUCAUAAACUCCAUUAUGAACUCGACCUAUAUUAGGUUAUCGAAGUACAAGUCAUUACCAAUCAACAGUUGGGUUCUUUACAUAAGGUUGAGAAUAUUGAAAUGGUGUUUCAGUUUCGGUUUACAUGAUCAGUUGGUCAGUAAUGAGAGUAUCAGGGAUAUCUUGAAGGAGCCAGAAUCCGAAUUCGGCUCCAACAAUAAUGGUUUUGAAAUCGAUGAAGAAUUGUUGGACAAAGAAGGAUACUCUGAAUUUAGCAGCCACAUAGAUCCCCAGUACUCGAUCCUUAAGCCCAACGAGAAGCGUUGUAUGGUAUUUCUCUUGAGUUGUUCAGGAAUCUGGUCUACUCUUUCUAGUUCCAUUUACUUUCCAGCAUUACCAGCAUUAUCUGAGAAGUUCUCAGUUUCUCCAGGUAUUGUGAAUUUAUCGGUGGUUGCCUACUUGCUUUUCCAGGGAUUUUGUCCUACUCUAUUGGCUACUGUUGCAGAUACCUACGGAAGACGGCCAUGUAUUCUUAUGUGUUUAACUUGUUACGCGGCCGUAUGCGUGGCUCUUUCGCGAGUUAACGUAUAUUGGCUUCUUGCUGUUUUAAGAUGUUUACAGGCUGGGGCAAUAGCUCCAAUUAUAGCUGUAGGCUCUGGGGUUAUGGGAGAUAUCUGUACACCUGCUGAACGAGGAGGUUACAUCGGUAUGAUGGGAGGUUUUCUAUUGGUGGGCCAAGGGUUUGGAGGUUUAGUUGGUGCUGCUGUAGUUUCUGGUUUCGGUUGGAGAGGUGUGUUUGUAUUGCUUGCAAUAGGAAGCGGAUUCGCCUUGAUAUUGUGCUUUUUAGUUCUACCAGAAACAAGUAGAAAUAUUGUCGGUAACCUCUCAGUUCCUCCUCCUCGUUUUGUCAAUGCUUCACCAAUCACACAUGCCCCAUUCUUGAAGAAGAGAAUGACAAACGAUAUCUCAACUAUUGCUGAGACAAAAAAGAGUAAUAUUUUUGCCUCAUACAAAAUCUUCUUUCAAAAAAGAGUAUUCUUUACUCUUCUUCCGUCAGGUCUACAAUUUGCAACUUGGACUAUGUCGCUUACGACUCUAUCUACGUCCUUAGAAGUUAAAUAUGGAUUUUCAACAAUACAGGUUGGCCUCUGUUACUUAGCUCCAGGUCUAGGUACAUUGAUUGGAUCCAUAGCAACUGGCAAAGUCUUGGAUUAUAUCUAUUCUAGAAAGAUAGCGGCUUUCAACAAAAAGUAUGGACACCUUCCACCAGAAAGCAGACCAGCUUUCGAUAUCUUCACCAGCAGAAUUCAGUUUACUGUCUAUCCAUCGAUCGUGUUGACAAUGUUUUCAGUAGUCUUUGGCUGGUGUAUCCAGGAAAAGGUCAAUCUUGCGCCAGUCUUAAUAGCCGCUUUCAUCAUGUCAUUUUGUGCUGUUUCGUUUAUGUCCGCACUCAACACCCUUUUGGUGGAUAUGUUCCCGGGACAAGGCUCCGCAGCUACUAGUUGCUUGAACUUGAUGAGAUGUUUAUUAGGAGCAGCUGGUGUCGGUGCCCUUCAAAGCAUGGUUGAUAGGAUGGGAGAAGGAGGAACAUAUACUCUAAUGGCCGGAUUUUGUGCCAUAAGUGCAACCUUACUUUUCUACUUAGCAGCAAGAGGUCGCAAGAGGAGAGAGGCAGAAGAGGAAGCCAAACUACAACAAUAA